AUGCCUGUGUAUGUGAAAAUUUUGAAGAACAUCGUCUUGAAGAAGAGAAGCACGGGAAGAUUCGCCACAGUGGCAUUGACACAAGAAUACAACACUAUAAUUCCACCAAGGAUGCGUGACCCAAGCAGUUUCACAGUACCCUGCUCAAUAGAAGAAAUAUAUAUUGGCCAAGCAUUAUACGAUCUCGGGGUAAGCAUAAACUUAAUGCCCCUUUCAAUUUUCAAAAGAUUGUAUGUUGGACAGCUAACACCGACAAUGUUGACUCUUGAACUCGCCGAUAGAUCCUUGGUGCACCUUCAAGGGAAAUUAAAGGAUGUCUUGGUAACAAUAGAUAAAUUCAUCCUACCUGUAGACUUCAUUAUCUUAUAUUAUAAGGUAGAUAAAGUUGUUCCAAUCAUAUUGGGACGACCAUUCUUGUCUACUGGUCGUGCUCAAAUAGAUGUGCAUAAAGGAGAAAUGACAAUGAGCGUCAAUGGAAAGAAGCUCAUGUUCAAUAUUAUCAAGGAAAUGAAGUUCCCAAAUGAGGAUGGCUUAUCUGAUUCCGAUGAUGAACAAACUUGCGUUGGAAAUUGGGAAUCCGAGGAAGAUAAUGAAGAAAGAGAGGAUGCUAUAGCAUCCAUUGAGACUUUCCAUGCGAUAACAAAGAUGUUGAAGAAUGAUGAAAUGCUAAAUUUGGAUGAAGAAAGAAAAGCAUAUAAGCCCUCUUUAGAGCAACCACCUACACAAAAACUAAAAACUCUACCAACCCACUUGAAGAUCCGUAUAACAGCAUCUUCUUUCUCCUUACUUAGUGAUGCAGAAAUGAUGACUGGUGGCUCUUCUAAAGAUUGCUUAAUGCGUUGUGAUGUCCGUUCAGAUAACUUGAGCGGUUCAAAAUUAGAUUCUGCAUGA